AUGAAGGAUCUUUGUGAGCUCAAGUUCUUCUUGGGCAUCCUAAAGCUAAUUGCUGAGCUGGGACUCGGAGGGGCUAAACCUGCUAGUGCUCUAUUAGAGCAUAAUCAGAAACUCACCUGUACAGACUAUGACAACUUCAUCAACAAUCAAAGAACAGACAAAGACAAUACAGAUACAGAUCACCUGCUAUCUGAUGCUAGCCAAUAUCAAAGGCUAGUAGGGAGACUUCUGUAUCUGACAAUGACCAGGACAAACAUUGCCUUUGAUGUUCAGACUAGAAAGUUUGUUACACGCUAUCUGGUGAAGUUUGGAAAUGCCUUAAUUUCUUGGAAGUCAAAGAAGCAAGACAUUGUGGCAAGGAGUUCUGCAGAAGCAGAGUUCAGAAGCAUGGCUUCAAUAGUGGCUGAACUAACCUAG